AUGGAUGGGUUGAGAGAGUUGAUUCUUCAGGAUACUGAAGAAAGACAUUGUUCGGUGUUGGAGAGAUUUUGUGAGGUGGCCUACAGACUUGCUUUGCCACCCAGAUUAUCAAGCGUUAAUCCAGCGUUUCAUGUUUCCAUGCUUCGGAAAUACUAUGAGGAUCCAUCACAUGUUGGAUUUCAACUCGGUGCAGUUGACAAAGAUUUGACUUAUGAUGAGGAGUUGAUAGCCAUUUUUGAUAGGCAAGUUCGAAAGUUGAGCUCAAAGAAUAUUGCAUCGGUGAAGGUUCAGUUGAGAGGUCAAGCAAUCAAGGAUGCAACUAGGGAAACCGAGCAUGAUAUGCGGCGCAGAUAUUCUCACCUUUUUUUAUAA